CGCCAAGCUCCUCCCACCUCUGUCGCUCUCCCAUCCCCCGCCGACCUCGAACGACGCCUCCCUCCCCCCUCUUCAAUGUCUAGGCGGAGGCGCGGCGGUCGCACCAGCUUCGCUCCUCCUCAAUGACCCUCCCUCUCAAAGCUUCCAAAGCUUUGGCCACGACCCUCCCCGCUUCGCACCCCCGCCACCGCCUCAAGGUACGGCUGCUGCCCCCCCCGCUCCGCUUCUCUUUCCACGGCUGCUCGGCGUCGGUCCCCGACGAGCCCGCGCCGGUCUCGGAAUCUCUGUACCGAGACCUGAUCUUGACCACGGUCGCAAGGACGCCCCGGGCUUUCGCGAACAAGAAGUGGGUGUCUGAUAAGUUCCGGGACCUGGUUGUCCACCCCGGGUUGCUCGCCCGGGUCCUGGGCUCGAUCCGCGCGAGACCCAGGAUUGCUUUGCGGUUGUUUCGAUGGGUGCAGGUGCAGGACGGUUUUAUCCGGUCUGAGCGCUCGUUCUGCGUGGUUCUUGAAAUCUUGGCGGAGAACGGUUUGAUGCGGUCGGCUUACUGGGUCGUGGAUAAGGCGGUGAGCCUCGACAUGGAUGAGAUUCUCGACGUUUUGGUCGGCGGGGGAGUGCGGUUCGAGGUCUUGGGGAAGCUUCUUGAUAUUCUGCUGUGGGUGUACACCAAGAAGUCGAUGAUUGGGCAUUGUCUAUCGACCUUUGAUGAAAUGGUGGGGAAAGGGAUCUUGCCGGACGUGAAGAACUGUAAUAGGAUUCUCCGGAUUCUUAGAGAUAAGAAGCUCAUAGUUAAAGCUCGAGUGAUCUAUAGGACGAUGGAGGAGUUUGGCAUAAAGCCGACCAUCGUCACGUAUAAUACUUUGUUGGAUUCGUAUUGCAAGGAAGGUGAAAUGCAGCAGGCGCUGGAGCUCUUGGCGGAGAUGCAUAAGAGAGAGUGCUUCCCGAAUGAUGUUACGUACAAUGUGUUGAUAAAUGGGUUGUCCAAGAAUGGAGAGCUAGAACAGGCCAAGGGACUGAUUGAGAAGAUGCUGAAGUUAGGAAUAGAGGUCUCGGCACACACUUAUAAUCCUUUAAUUUCUGGGUACUGCAGCAAGGGAUUGCUUGUUGAGGCUCUAGGUAUUGAGGAGGAGAUGGAAGUUAGAGGGGCAUCUCCUACUGUGGCAACUUACAAUGCCAUGAUGUAUGGCCUCUGUAAAUGGGGGAAGAUGGUUGAUGCUAGACGACAAUUCACGGAGAUGGUCAAGAGGAAUUUGCAUCCGGACGUGGUUUCUUACAACACUCUUAUAUAUGGGUAUUGUAGAUUGGGGAAUAUGAAAGAGGCCUUGCUCUUGUUUGAGGAGCUACAAUACCAUGAUGCUGUUCCUAAUGCCAUCACUUACAAUACCCUUAUAGAUGGUGCUUGUAGGAAUGGCGACUUGGAGUUUGCUCAACACUUGAAAGAUGAGAUGAUUAAUCGAGGGAUUCCUCCUGAUGUUUAUACUUAUACCAUCCUGGCUAAUGCAUCGUGUAAGUUGGGAGAUUUAUGUUUGGCUGAAAGCUUCUUCAAUGAAAUGUUGCGCAAAGGAUUGGAGCCUGAUCGUGUCUCGUACUCAACUCGUAUAGUAAGUCAGCUCAAGCUAGGUGACGCUGGUAUGGCGGUUGGCCUGCAAGAGGAGAUGCUGGCAAAGGGUUUCCCUCCUGAUUUGAUCACUUACAAUAUAUUUGUGCAUGGGCUUGGCAAAUUAGGCAACCUAGAAGAAGCAUGUGACCUGUUGCAAAAGAUGGUUCACAAUGGUUUUUUGCCGGAUCAUGUAACUUACACCAGCAUAAUCCAUGCUUUCUCGGAGAUGGGCCAGCUCAGAAAAGCAAGGGAGCUGUUUUAUGAGAUGCGGAGCAAAGGAUUAGUACCUUCAGUUGUGACGUACACAGUGUUGAUCCAUGCUUAUGCCGGCCAGGGUAGGCUACAGAUGGCUGGUACUUACUUCUCGGAGAUGCAAGAGAAGAAUAUUACCCCUAAUGUGAUCACCUAUAAUGCUCUGAUCAAUGGUUUUUGCCGAGUGAGGAACAUUGAUCAGGCUUACAAAUUUUUUGCCCUAAUGGAGAUGAGAGGAAUCAUUCCUAACAAGUAUAGCUAUACCAUAUUAAUAAAUGAAAACUGCAAUAGGGGGGAUUGGCAAGCAGCACUGAGGUUAUACAUAGAAAUGUUAAGUAGAGAUGUGCAGCCUGAUUUUGUCACCCAUAGUGCUUUGAUGAAGCAUUUGAACCAAGACUACAAGCUGCAUGCAGUUCAAUUGCUAGAGGAUCUGAUUACAGAUAGCGAAGAAUUUGCUUCUGCAGUGACUUAAAGUUCUAUGCAGCAUCUUGAAUCUGAAGGCAUUGUAAGUCGCAGACGUGCUAGUUCUUAAGCUUGCCACUUUGUUAAAUUCAAAGUGGUUUCAACCAUGCAUGAAUUCCCUGACCAGUUCCACAAGCGGAACUUCUAAUACAUCAAGGUCAGAGACUAAACCUGCUGGUAUGGUUGUAUAUACAAGAUUUUUUCCCCCUUUGUGGGCAUUAAUAAUCUAUACGUGACCAGCUUUUGAGACUAUCUUCCAGUCAUUCAUUCAGAGGCUAAAUAGUGAUAUAGUGGCAAUACCGAGCAUGAGGUUGAGAUUCAUAGCAUAAAGAUAUCGUAUUUACCUAGGAGAUCCUUGGCUGUGAAUAUUAUGAUAUUCAGAGAUUUGUGUAACCUCUUCUUUUUGCUUGGUUCUCGGUGAAGAGCGAAGAAGUAGGAUUUAGAUAGCCAACCCUUGCUAGUCCGCAUGGUUGAGCCAUUCUGCUUCUUUGUAUAGUAUACAUUUUUAAUUGGAGAAUCAAAGUAUUUGUUGUAAUUGGCCUCAUUGAAUCGAUGUACUUUCCAUUCUUUGAUAUGUAAGCCUAACUUUGAUAUUUGGCGA